CUGGGCGCCCCUGGUUUUCCUGCUUCAUUUUGAGGCUGCUUUCUGCCAGUUGCCUUGUCUUCACCUAUCUAUUAGCUGGAUGACUGUUGGGUCCCUUCUCCUGCCCCUCUUUGCUGCUGCCCUUGGGAUUUCUUCCCUUCUGGUUUUCAGCUGGUGGUGCUGUGGCUUUUGGUUCAUUUGUCCCCCAGCGGUUUUCUUUUUGGCCCUUUGCUGUUGCUCAGCUGGUUCCCUCUGGCUUUCAGUUUGUUUCAUUUCUUUUCUGCUGGCCUUUGCUGCUCUCUUCCAGUUCAUGCCUUCAGCUGGUUUUAAUGUUAUCCUUGGUGGUUCAACUGGCUUUGUGCAGCUUUUUGCCUCCCAGCUGGCUCCUAUUCCCAGCUUGGUUUUUGUUUAUGCCUCUACUGGCUUUCUUAUUGGUCUGUAG